CCCAGCAGCCAAUCGGCGCGCUCCCCCGCCCGAUUCUAUCUGGGGUUGGCUGUGACGUAGAGGCAGCGCUCGCCUUCUGAUUGGCUGGAUCCGCUGUGAGUGACGGGCAGCUGGCCGGCGCGUGUAGGUUAGGGUUCCAGGGGUUUGGGAGCGCGGGUGCUGUCCGCACGAGAGCAGGUCCUGAAACGCGGCGUGCGCCACCGUGGACGCUGGGCGCAGGCAGCUUUUUUCAGUGUAGUUAAAGAAGCCUGUUUAUAGGCUACAUAUUUGCACCUCAGUCUCUGACGUUUUCUGGCGUGAGCGCGGAGAAAACUACCUUUUGAAUUUGGACAGGACUGUUUGCUUUUUCAGCGCGAAGAAAUGCGUCUCCAAACUCAUAAACCGGGAGUCCAGUAGCGUUCGUGCAGCGAGUCCUGGUCAACACAGAGGGGGGAAGAGACAGAGUGACCAAGAGCUGCCGUUCCUUCAUACUCACAGGAUAACAACUCUCACGUCAGCCUCAGCAGCUUUUACUCACAGCAGAGUUUUUGUUAAUUUCCCUGCUGCGCAAUUUUCUUUAUUUUUCUUUUCUUUUGGCACGGUGGAUAUGAGACUUCAAGAUGUGAGCACUCAUCCGCUCUCACUCGUUCUACUGAUGGGAGAUUACCAAGUGUUAAUGUGAGAGCAACUGCCGAGGACGAUUUGUGACCAGAAGAAAAUGUGCAGCAAAUAACUUGGAAGAAAAAUAACCGUGGAUCUGUAAAGAAUAUUUUUUAAAUUUUUCGAACUGGGUUUUUUUCCUUUAUUAUUAUUUUUUUUAUUUUUAAAAAUUUGAACAGACUGAAAGGAGAAAGUUCAGCCCCCCCAUCGGCUAAAUCGCAGUUCAGGGGUCACGGCCAGCUGACCGAGAAGGAGAGAAAGGGAGGGAGACUACUUUGUUUGCUCUCCAUAUUUUUCAUUUCAUUUUUUUUUUGCAGAAGUUUGACUCUUUUUUUCUCUCCUUGGACUGAGGCGACUCGCUGUAGACCAGCAGUUGAGGGAAUGAGCACUGCUGCUGUCUUUACCCUCCUCUGGUUUUGGAGACGCCAGAACAGACCCGGUGUGGUGUCCCGUCCCCAUGAGGAGGGAGCCCGUCUCUGAGUCAUAUUUUUGACGCCAUUUCUUUCUUCCCGUCCACCUGAAAAUCUCCCAGUUUCCCUAUUUUUAAUGUCUUUUUAUUAGUUCGACUUGUGUAACGCUGUCAACUAAUUAACAAUCUUUUUUUAAGAUAUUAUUUAAGCAAAUUAAAAUCCUCUCAUUAAAGGGGACUUGCACCCCUUUCCAUUUACUGGAGGUCACUUUGUGUCAGUAAAGUGGCCGACUGAAGCGGGGCGUCCGGUGGCAUUUUUAAGACCCCUCACACCGUACCGGGGCCCUGCAGCCACUCCACCUUAACGAUGGAGAUUCACUGUAAGCACGACCCGUUUGCGGCAAUGCACAGACAUGGAGGAGUGAACCAGCUCGGAGGUGUGUUUGUAAACGGCAGGCCCCUCCCAGAUGUGGUGCGACAGCGAAUAGUGGAGCUCGCCCACCAAGGGGUUCGGCCCUGCGACAUCUCACGCCAGCUACGAGUCAGCCACGGAUGUGUCAGCAAGAUACUGGGCAGGUACUAUGAAACGGGCAGUAUCCGCCCCGGGGUAAUCGGGGGAUCCAAACCAAAGGUUGCUACUCCCAAAGUGGUCGACAAGAUCGCCGAUUACAAACGCCAAAACCCCACCAUGUUUGCCUGGGAGAUCCGGGACAGGCUCCUGGCCGAGAGAGUGUGUGACAACGACAGCGUCCCAAGUGUCAGCUCCAUCAACAGGAUCAUUCGGACAAAGGUUCAGCAGCCGCCCGGCCAAACGGGCUCAGUGUCGGCUCACAACUUAGCGACGUCCGUAGCGGCCACACAAGUGUCAGCAGUGACCAGCGACUCAGCCGGCUCCUCGUACUCCAUCAGUGGCAUUCUGGGUAUCAGCUCAGCUGCGGACGUGGGCAAGAGGAAGAGGGACGAAGGUUUGCAGGAGUCACCACUGGCCAACGGGCACGGCCACAGUGGGCGGGACUUCCUCAGGAAGCAGAUGAGAGGGGAGCUGUUCUCGCCGCAGCAGAUCGAGGUAUUGGACCGCCUGUUUGACAGACAGCAACCCUGUCCAAUCCAAUCCAGCUCUGACCUCUAUGUGAGCCCUGACUCUGGCAAGACGUCAGAUUAUUCGGCCAUGGCCUCGCUAGCUGGUGGGCUGGACGAGAUGAAGAACAGUUUGGCCAAUCCUGGUACAGGGGCGGAGUUAGGAGCCAGCGUGUCAGGUCCACAGUCCUAUUCACUCGUUCCAGGUCGAGACCUAGCCAGCACCACUCUGCCAGGCUACCCUCCUCAUGUCCCUCCUACUGGACAGGGCAGCUACUCCACCCCCUCGCUCACUGGCAUGGUACCUGGGGGAGAUUUUUCCGGAAGUCCUUAUUCCCAUCCCCAGUAUUCCACAUACAACGAAUCGUGGAGAUUUCCUAACCCCAGCUUAUUAGUGUUUCAGCAGGAUUAUGGGUCUCUCCUGGGGACGGAAAUCGGCUGCUCCUCCAGUCUCUUCACCAGCCAGGCAGGACAGAUGCAAGGGUCACCAUACUACUACAGUGCAACAUCACGGGGGGCGGGCCCUGCUGCCACUGCAACAGCCUCCGCCUACGACCGCCACUGACCCCUCCUACUGAGAGAAGAGGAGGAUGAGGAGAAGGAGACGAGGGAGGGACGAGGGAAUGGAUAGCACCAGCACUGCUCAGUACAAACCUGCCUACGCAUGGAUGACAAUGAGGAUGAAGAUUUCAAAUUUUUGACGUCAGUGAAGUUUGAGUUUUCUUUGACUGACAUUUAAGCCAACAAACGCACUGCUGGGCUGCAACUCAGACUGACUGUAUGGGUAUUACAUUACUGUGAGGAUGCAGGCAUGGCAGUGUCAGUGUAGGACUGGUCACAAGCAAGUGAACUGGACCCUCCCAUAAUAUAUCAAGGCUUGGUAUCCUUAUUUUAUUUUUAACUAAUCAUCUACAAAUCCAAGAAGUCAGUAAACUAAGUGAGAAGCAGGGACUGAAACUCUGAUGUGAUCUUCUGGAUAGACUGUUGUGUUUUCAGGUUGGGAAUAUCUUUGACGAAAUUAUUUAAGCUGAUUAGAGCAAAAUCACUUUUUCAAACUGUCUUUUUACGCCCAAACAUCAAUCAAUCAAUUUUCUAUGCCAUGCUAUGGUGAAGUAAAGACAAUCCAAUUCUCAUAACUUUGAAUGACCAAAAUCACCCAUAUCACCAUCACUCUAGUCUCUUUACUGUAGAUUCAACACAUUUCCCCUGAGAUCACAAUGCUUGAUAAAUGGGAUACCAUAUUUUUUAAUGGGAGUGUUCAGUUUCACAAUUGACUGUUUGCUAAGUCCCGCCCCAAUUAGUCACCAUUGCUAUGACUGUCAAUCUUUCUGAUUUUGCAUGGCACACGACACUUAUAGUGAUACCAGUAGCAGAUUUACCAGCAAAACUGUAGGAGAUUUUCAAACAAUGGAUCCUUUCAGACAGAAGUCAAAUUUUUUGCCAGCAACCAUCUUUUUUGCCGAAUAUCUACAAAUCUGGCCUAUAGUUUAAUCAACCAUUACACCUUUGCUCUUUUGCAUUUGGUUUUGAAAAAGAUUCCACUAUCUGUAAAUGUCAAGCAUCAUUCUUAAUUUAGCCCCAUGCACACUGCUUCACAAUGCUAAGAAACCCGAAGCUUGACAGGCUUGCCAUGCAGGGUGAGCUUUAGCAAACACUCAAUUUCAAUGGUUGUAGCCAGAUCCCAGAGUGUAUCACAGAACAUCUAAGGCUUAAUUUCCACUGAAUGGUUUGGCAUGGCUCUACUCAACGUGACUCAUUUUUAGUUUAGUUUUUCCAAUAGCAAAAGUUGUGGAUAGUACCUGGUGCUUUUUUCGGUACCACCUCAGUCAAGGUUCCAGGCUAGCUGAGCUGAUAAUAGAUGGUGGAGUUUGAACACUGCAGACCACUGAUCUUCACUCAGUUUUUAAAAAUGUCAGCUCCCAAACUAUGCUGUACACUAUGCCAUAAAGUGUCGAUGUUCCUUUGUUUGAUUGUCAAUGAAAGGAUUCAGUGAGCGUCCUGUUACGCUUGGUGUCACAGCACAUUCAUGUGGUGAUGCUAUGGCAAUCAGCUGAGAAUGCCACCUACACUGAGGGGGUACUAGUCUGACUCCCUGGAUGUAGGCUGUGGCUAUAAGCUUGCCUUUGGCCAGCCAAUUAGAUCAGCAUUCCCUCUGCUAAACAACAACCUCUGAGGUAGUACCCUACAGGGUGAAAUUGGCAAUUUUUUGAUGAAGAAUUGGAUCGUCCAGUAAGGCAUGCUGGCUUUGUUCUUCCAAUGACUUGUUGUUAAGAUCUACAACAAAUAAAACUACUUGUUAACUCCCCUUUGAAAAAGCCCAGACUCCAUCCUAUAGGACUCUCAUGUCCGAUGUUGAUCAGUGUUCUGACACGGCAAGUUUGAGUUGUUGUGCCACAUCUUUUCACCCUGGCAGCGGCAUACGUCAGUGAUGAAUGUGAUGAAUUAACUAUCUGUUCCACCUAACGGGAGCUUCUGUGAUGUUGUUGUAAUAAUGUUCUGGAAGAGCCACAUACAGCUUGCAGCUUGUUUUUUUUUUAUUACAAAGAAUGAGCCAUUUUAAUGACAGCGUUCAGCCCACAACAAAUGUUCCAUUAAAACAAGUUCCCCCAACACUAUUUUGCAGGGGCAAGGUAGCUGGAUCAUGGAUAUGAUUGGUUUAAAGAAAUACAAACAAGCCAGGGCACUUUUCCCGAUAUAGCAGAAUAAUAAUGUGUGCUUCCCUUUCUCGAGUGCUGACACAACACUGUGGAGAUAGAUCUGGCUGCAAGAGACUAAGGGGGUACUAUCUGCAGUGGAAAAACAAAUAGAGAGAAACACCUCAGACCAAAGGUGAGCUGAGUUGAGUGGAGUUGAACCAUGCAGUGAAAAUGAGGCAUAACAUCCACACUUGCAUCCAAAGUGGUUUGAAUGCCACUGACAGACGGACAGGCCUUUCAGUAAAAGCACAGCCUAAAAUCUGAGCCCUCUGCUGUAAAAUGAACAGUGCACAUGUUCACAUCAGACCAAAACCAAACCCCCCAGGGAGUGUUAUUGUACAGGAAGGUGCUAUCCUACCUCCCCAGCCAAGAUUUAAUCCUGAUCAAGAGCUAUUUAUAAUGGGAGGAGACACAGAGUAAUAUAUUAAGAAGCUUUUCUGCGCUGCACUCCGUGAUGAGAGUGAAUGCCUGUAAUGAUUUAUGUGUCACGCUGUUGUGCUAGAAUAGUGAUGAUGAUGAUGACGAUGCAGUGAAAUAUGAAAUCUUAAAAACUUUCAUUAUGAAAAGAAGUCUUUGUUUAUAAAUAUGAUCCGAUUGCGAUUUUCUUGUUUAUAGUUCGUUGCCUCAGUUAACACAGGUGCCACUGAAUAAGACGCCAUUUUUUAUCUGCUUCCUGAAUAUUGAUAAGAAGAGCCAGGAAGCGGUGGCACCCUCUCUUUCUCUCUCUCUCGCUCUCUUUCUAUUUCUCUCUUUAAACUCCCCAAAGAUGGGCCCCCCCUAGUGGAUCGGCUGACUAACUACAAAAGCACAAAGAGACUCAAUCAUCAUUUAAAGGCGCCAUUUUACUUUUUUGACUUCCUUUUAGAACCAUCACGUACUUCCUCUUCUUCUUCUUCUUCUCCUCCCCCUUUUGAGUGCUUGUCCUUGUGCUGUUUGACAUCCUGAAAUUGUUUCUAUAAAAGCAUUGCUUUCGUGGAAAAAAAAAACAAGUGAAACUGUUUUAUUUUUGUUUGUUUCCUACAUCAGUUCUGCGCUGUGACAAUGUAUGACACCAGGGUCGAGGCCUUACCCAUCAUGUACAGACAGAGAAGGACAGAUUUGCCCUUCAGCGCUGAUCUGAAAUCAGUGUGUUAUCCCUCGCAAAUGUUUGAGGGCCCACAGUGUCGAUCUUGUGAGAGGGCAAUAUCUUCCUAAAACUGUACGUAGCUUCCUGUCUCACUUCUGUCCAUACAAGACUUGUACAGUAAUCAGUGAACGAGAAGAGAAGUCACAAUGUCAAUAGCAAUUUCAAUUAUUCACAUUUGAAUUAUUAGACUUUAGUGAUGAAGCUUUCUUUAUGAUAAAAAGACUAAGAGGUGUGUGGUGUUGUUUUAGCCAUCGUCUGCAAGUGUUUACAUAUCUUUUGUUUGUUUUGGGUAUGUGUGGCUGACCGUAGCGCUGCAUUGCUACUGUGUAGUUUUUACUAGCUAACAGAUUGAAGGCACCAAAUCUGCAGCGUGAGACAUAAAAUAUAGCUAUAUAAACAUAUACCUAUAAACACUGAACAAAGCUGUUAGUUUCUAAAUCUUUGUUGUUUCUUGGUUUUGAACUAGUGAUAGAGUGGAUCCUUUUACAUUUGUAGACCUUAAAAGUUGUGUGUACACAACUCUAAAGCAGAUUCUUAUGACGGCUCGCCUGCUGUGCUGCCAGCGUGCAUCGCAGCAGGAGCCCUUCCUUAUUUCUGUCUUUCUCUCUUGAUCUUUCUGAGGCAUUAUUGAACCUGAACCACACCAGCUGAAAACAAGGACAGUGCCUUUAGUUUUAUAUGUCGACUCCCCCCUGACUGACCACGCAUCACUCAAACAAGUUUCAGCGUCCCUCCCUGCAACUCCUUAAACAAAGCUCUGCCUAUCUGCCCAUGCGAACACAGGGUUGUAGAUUAUAUAAAGCCUUCCACAAACAAGUAGCAGCCAGUAAUUUUAGUAGAAAUUCUGGAUAAUAAUUUUACAUACCAAUAGUAACAUUGCAGCACUAAUAACAGGUCCUGAUCCAGCACCCUAUCCUUACUCAUCAUGGACAUCUCAGUCAGAUUCACUCAUAAAAUUUGUAACAGAAAUAAUGAUGAAAAAUCAUCUGAUGGAGAAUCCUCUUUGCAAUCUACAAACAACAUCAAGUGACUGGAAAGUAACAAAAAUCAAAAUAUGUUCCAAGAAAGGUCUCUUUCAGUUAAGUCAAUAAACAAAUGUUAAAUCGAAAAUGAUGCAGGACACCCUCUUUGCUCACUGAGUGAUGCUCAGUAGAGGAGCACUCAUUGCUGCUACUGGUAUUCUGAAAAUGUAUAAAUGAGAUUACAGUUUUAAUUGCUAGUAUUGCUUAUAAUAAUCACUAAUAUAACUUCCUGCCAGUGGCAGCACACAGUGCGCCAGCUGAUGGGUGAGGAAGGAGUCCUGCCCUGAGAUGAAACGCCAAAAAUUGACAGAUUUUUUACCUAUCCAGUGAAUACAUAUCUCAACACAUGGAUUGGCACAAAAUUUGGUUCAGACAUUCAUGAUUUCCAGUUAAUGUAUCCUAAUGACUUUAAUUAUCUGCUGACUUCUUCUCUAGUGCUACCACAUGGUUGGCAUGUGAUUUUAAGUGAAAAAGGCUCAACUAUCGGGGGACAGAUUGCCAUGAAAUGUUGUUACACACAUUCAUGCCCCCCUCAGGGUAAACUGUAAUCACUUUAGUGAUCCUCUGACUUUUCAUUUUGUGCCAUGUUCAACUCAGAGUUUCAGUUUGAUGAAUACUCUGGUUUAUGCUAAGCUAAGAUGGUCAGCAUGGUUAACACUACAUUCAUUAGAAUUGUCUUUGUGAGCAUGUUAGCAUGCUGAUGUUAGCAUUUAGUUCGGUGCCCCUCUGUACCUAAGUACAGAAUCACAGAGCUGCUAACAUAGCUGUAGACUCUCAGUCUUGUUGUUACUUCAUACUCAUCUGAAGUCCCUUUUAUUCUAGCUUCAGGAUUAAAAUUUUCUAGAUUUCCUGUCAUCCACUGAGUUUAUAUUUUCAUUAUUCUUCUAUUACAAAUUUUAUCAGUGGAUCUCUGACUGGAAUUUACUGCUGGGAAAUAUCCAUGCUGGACCAUGAUAUGUGAUAUACGGCCUUGGAUCAGAGCUAAAAAACCCCACUGUCAUUACAAGGAGUGAAAAAGGCACAAAAUCUAUUUAAAAAAAGCCAAGUAAGCGACAGACAUGUUACAAGUCUGUUCAUUAAUAUUGCUUUUUCUUAUUCAACCAGAGCGUCUUAUAAAUGAAUUACACCCUUUUUGCUCAAACACACACACACACACACACACACACACACACUACCGUUAACAUGAAGAAAUAUUGAUUAAAAGGCGUUCUCCUUGAGGAGGUGAAUCCAGUCGUGCCUCGUGUGUCCGCUCGCAAGAAGCUGCGACACCAAACAGGCCAAAUUAGUUCUCCAGUAUAGCCAAGAAUCCAGCGAUACAUUAACAGGAUUAUUUGUUAACUAUGCAUCUCAUAGUGACACAGCUUGCCUUGCCAUUGCUUUGACCUAAUUGGUUCACAUGGGGAGAGAAUGGGUUCUCAUUGGCCCGCAGUCGUUUCGAUUGGCAGCCGUGACAUUGACUGCAGUGAUGAGGGGGGACUGUCAUUGUGGGUGGUACUGUAGGAAGCACAGCGGGCAGAGGCCACACACACACACACACACACACACAAAUAUAAGUACAGACACACACUCUCCCUCCCUUUGUCCUUUGCAGAGUGGUGAUUCCCCCCUCCUUGCAUGCCCCUGUGUUCCCCAGGGGAGGCCAAACCUGCUGUGCCAUCAGAAGCUCAUCCCGUCUUUUUUCUCCUCCUCCCUCAGCCCUAAUCUCAUCAUAUCUCAUGCACUUGCCUCCCCCCCCCCUCCCCUCCUGUAUCACUGCCACACCACCAGGAUUAGGAAUAUUAAAACUAUUCUGUUGAUUUAAGGCCUGUGACCUUCCUCAAAAAGUCCUCCCUUCUUUUCUUCAGACAGCCUUAUUAAUCCCUUUCCCUCUCCUUUUUUACUUUUCUCUCUGACUAUUCAGACGUGAUGCUCACUGUCCUGUCAGAUAUUCUGCAUAGGAAGGAAGCAAGGUGCCAAAGCGAGGUCAUUUCAAUGGCAAUAUUGCUGCCGUUAUCUUUAUUUGGCCAACAAUAUUCUGUGAGAUGGCAUCUCAUAUUCUGUUUUCUCUUCAUGUAUCUAUAGAGCAUUUAGAGUGCAAAGAAUAGUUUCAGAUCAAACAAAGACGUUUCAUUUCCAGCUUUGCCGCAGUUUACUGUCCAUGAAAAUGCAAUCGCAUCCGGAAUUUUUUAUCCCAGCUCCAAAUCAAAUAGGAAACUGAAAUAAAUGCAAAUGAGUUUUUUUUUCUUUAUUAUGAUUUCUCACCGAGUGUGCACCGCCUGACUGUAUCUCAAUAUGAAUCCAUGAAGAUGGCUACUGCCUUCGUAAAACCUGAGGGGAUUUCAGCAUCACGUCUUGACAGCAAUUAGUGGCACAAUCUGUUUCAUGCUUGCUGAUAUAACUAGGCUCUGGACAGAUCUCAUACUGAAGUGUUACAAUGUUCUGUACAUCUUAAUAUUAUUCAACUGUGGAAGAGGAGAAACACACAGGACUCAGCCUACAAAAAUCAACUGUGCUUUUUAAGCAGAUGUUUCAAUCAAAAGAAAAAAAAAAAGAUAACAUGAUUUUUCACCUUACUGUGGCCUUUCGUGUAACAAUCUGGAGUUUUUUUGUGUCCAUGGCUUCCUAUCUGGGGUGUUAAAGAGAUAUUUAUAUCUGUAACGUUUUGGUAAAAAAAAAGUGAACAAACAAAAGACAGAAAGAAAUACAUCAGAAUGCAAAGACGAAAUUAGGUUCCAACGAUUCAGCUUGCUCUAUUCUUCAAAAUCAAACGCGACAAAAAGAAAACAUAUCUGUAACAUUCACCAAAGCCUGUGAUGCCUGUUUUAAAUAAUAGAUUCUUGUACAAAAAAAACAUAUAAAAUAGCAGAAAAGACUUACAGAUACAAACACAAAAUGAAGAUAAGAAAUGCCUUCAAAUAUUCUGGAGGGGAGGAUUUAAAAAAAAAGUAAAAGAAAUGCUUCUUUAAGAAAAUGUGUAUGUUUUUUAUUCGAUUUUCUAGUAGUUGCAAACAAAACUUGGUGUUUUUUCUCUUUGUGUGUUGUGUGUUGUCUUAAUAUUUGAAUGUAUUUUACUGCAGUGCGAAUUUGCCAAAGAUAUCAUAUCACUUGAUUUCUCUCUUUUAUUUCUUUGUUUAGUUUUUUUGUUCCUGAAUAGUGACCAAUUCUGUUCAGAAAACUGGAAAUAAAUGGUGAAUUUGAUAUUAUGCUUAUUUUUCAUAUUUCUAUUGUUAAUAUUAUUGUUAUUUUAUUUCCUGGGUUUGAGUUUACUGUGAAAUAUUAAAUUGCAGUUUGCUUGACGCAUCUCUUCAUACUCAGUCUGUGUACCUGUCCAUCCGUCCACCUGAGUGACUGUUGUUGGUGAAUUAUUCCAUUUAUGUACCUGUAAUGUGAAGCUAAGAAGUAAUUAUUUGUAAAUAUUUGCCAUAAUUUUAUUGGUCCUUCAGAAUAAAAAAUAAUUUUUUGGAA